CUUGCUCGCAGCUUGUGUGUUUCUCAGAAUACGCUGUGAGGGUGUAUGCGUCUCUGCCAACACGAUAGUGUUGUGUCUUGUAGAUGUUGGCUUUCCUCAACUUUUUUGUGGCAGACGAAUUUCGCACGCUGUCAUCCCUGACCUAGCUGACCAGCAUGACCAGGACUCGAGCCUACAUAUAUACAACUGCUGACUAUGGAGAUGAAGGCAUUCUCAAUCUACGACGAGCAGACUGGUGCUUCUGCUCGAAUCGCUGAAUAUGGCGCUACCGUCAUUUCAUGGAAAGUACAGAACCAUGAACGCUUGUUCCUCUCGACAAAAGCACACCUCGAUGGCAGCAAGGCUAUUCGAGGUGGUAUCCCGCUCGUCUUUCCAGUCUUUGGCAAAGCGAAUGAGGGACCUUGUGCUAAGCUUCCACAGCAUGGCUUUGCCCGGACGAGCUACUGGCAAAUUGUCAAUAAGCAAGGCAAUGAAGCGACACUCUCGCUCAAGUCUGCCGAUCUUAACACCGAAGCACGCUCUGCAUGGUCAAGUGAAUUUGAGCUGCUAUAUACAGUCAAGGUGACGGCUAAUCAGCUCUUGACGUCCUUGCAGGUGAAGAAUACCGAUAGCAAGGACUUUGAGUUUCAAACGCUCUUGCAUUCCUACUUCCGAGUCAAGAACAUUGCCAACGUCUCUGUUGAAGGACUCGAUGGUGUCACAUACAAGGACAAGGUGUCUGCGUCUGAGAUUAAGGAAACUGCAGCACAAGUCGGCAUCACACAGGAGACUGAUCGCGUCUAUCCUCGAGUCCAGGGCGAUGUAACGAUUCUCGAGAAUGGCAAACCGUCCUUUCAGGUGAAGCGCAAGAAUCUGGAAGAUGUCGUUCUCUGGAAUCCCUGGACAGGCUGCAGUAAGAUGGCUGAUUUUGGUCCUGAAGAUGGCUAUCAACAGAUGGUCUGCGUCGAAGCAGGGGCAGUCUCUAGAUGGCACACGCUUGGCGCCGGUGAGAGCUUCACGGCAAGCCAAACGGUCACGGCGAUGCUCUGAAAACAGGAUUUCGCAGGGCUGUAAUGAGAAAGCGGCAAGGACCAUAAGCUCGUUCAUGGACAAUGUAGAUAAAGGCUAGGUAUCGAGCUUGUAUGACAUAUACAGCAUUAUUGCCAUGAUAGAAUGCAUCGACGCGACGCGCUUGCAACUUUCAAGCAACUCCACAAAUU